AGCACUGCAAUCACAUCUCCUGUGUAAACAUGCAUUGUGGGGAUGAACAGUGCAUUGAACUGAACUAAUUCAACUCAUAUUAACUCACACAAAACUAAUUAUAAUGGCAUUGUUAUGGAUACAGUACGGAUAACAUCAGUGCUCGUAGAUAACUCUCUAACGGUGUGAUGGCGGCUCAUCCUGACCCUUCGUCCCCGCUGCCCACAGUUAAAGAGGAGGAGGUCUUAUUUAAAACCUACAUCCCACCUGCUCGAGAUGCCAUCACUCUACCCAUUCAUGUCUUCUACAUCAUCCUCGCAUGUAUGGUCAUAGUAGCAACCCUCUAUGCCAUCAUCGGCCACCUCAUCAAAGACCUGAUUCACGACUUUGCAGAUUAUCUUUUCGGAAAGCAGCCAGAUGAGGUCCAAAUCAACCCGUGUGAGACCAGAGAUAAGUUCAUGGUAGACUGGUGUCCAGAAACGAGUCCAGAGCUGGAGGAGAUGGCUCGUGCUGAGGAGAUCAAGGUGCUGAUGGAGGGCUGCAGGCCGACACCGGCCAUCUGGAUCAUCUCUGAAGGGAUCGAGCCCAGGGCGCCGCGCACCGGGCCUCGGGUGGCGUUCGGCAAGAAUGUAUAGCACGUGGAGGCAUCGAGCCAUUACUGUAAUACUGCUGUGACACCUACUGGUGAUUACUGUGUACUGCAGGGAAGGCCGCAUACAAUCAUACAAAUACAACAAAUGAUUCAAUAAUUAUUUAGCAAGGCGGAGUUUUAAUAAAGAUUAGUUUGUCAUCUUUGAAGUUCAGUUGAAACUGACCGAGAAACAGCCAAAAUAAAACAUUUCUUUUAGCCCUUUAAAUUAAUUUGUAUUGCAAUUCAGCAUAAUUUUUGCAACCCCAAUCUAUUGAUUUGUAAUUUUUGUUAAUAAAGAUGCAUCAUUAUUUAUUAAAUAAACUAAACAAAUGCUUAUAUUUUGUCUGUUUUUAUUGUACCAUUACAAUAAAGUACUGUUAAGAUUCUAGGCUACUUAUCGUGGGGGAUACAAAAAUAAACAUUUUAAAAAUGUCUUUGGUACGAGUCCAGGUUUUGCAAUAAUGAAAACAUGAAAGUGAUUAUGUUGUAUUAUUUUGCUAAUAAGGCUAAAAA